CGGUACAGUACUCUUUGUAGGUUUAGACUUGCUGCAGUACAGUCGGCCCAAAUCAUACAACUAUAACUGGGCCGGUAUCUGCAGGUGCAGUUUUUUUUUUUUAAUUCAGUAUUUCAGUAUUUCCGUCUUUGCUACAAACAAACAAGAUGUUUCUAAUGAAAUCACUGAUAGUGGUGAUUGCAUUAAUAUCGCUUGUAGUUGGUUUACCGACACCAGUACCAGAAAAGUCAUUACAGCCAAUUCAGCGCCAAAAGAAGCACGCUGACGGUGGUUAUGGAUCAGAUGUAGUUGGUUAUGAUUCUCAUCAUCAUGAAGAACCACAAGGCUCUUGGAAAAAGAAAUUAACUUGGAAAGAGGAAUGGAAACAAGAAUGGAAAACUGUCAAACAAGAAGUAUGGAAAAAAACUUGGGAGCAAAUUAAAGUUCCCAUAUGGAAAGAGAUUAAAGUUCCCGUCUGGAAAGAAAUAAAAGUACCAGAUUGGAAAAUUAUCCAAACUCCUGUUUGGAAAGAAAUUAAAGUGCCAGUGUGGAAAGAAAUUAAAGUACCUGAUUGGAAAAUAAUCCAAGUGCCCGCAUGGAAGGAAGUACAAGUACCUGUGUGGAAAGAAAUUCAGGUACCUGACUGGAAAAAAACCUAUGUACCGGAAUGGGUUAAGGAAUACGUUCCCGGAUCUAAACAAUUAGGCAAAGAUCAAAAUGGAUGGGAAUAUGUUGCACAUGAUUUGUGGAAAAAAAAACUCAUAUGGAAACCAAUUUGGAAUAAGGUAUGGAAAACUGAAAAAAAACAAGAAUGGGUAACAGAGAAAAAACAAGUAUGGAAAGAAGAGAAAGUACAAAUAUGGAGGACUGAAAAGAAACAGGAAUGGGUAACUGAAAAGAAACAAGAAUGGAAAGAAGAAAAAGUACAAAUCUGGAGAACAGAGAAAAAAGAAGAAUGGGUAACUGAGAAAAAACUUGAGUACAAGACCGAAUGGAAAGAAAACAAAGUUCCAGCUUGGAAAGAGAUUCAAGUACCCACUUGGAAGAAAGUCUACAAGCCUGUGUGGGAAAAGGUUUGGGUAGAAGAACAUCAUGACCAUCAUGAACACCACGAUCAACACGAAUAUGGCGGUGGAUACGACGAUCAACAUAAUAAUUAUGGUGGUGGCGGUGAUAGCUAUGGUUACCAUAAAAAAUGAUUUAUAAUUCACCAUAUCCACCAUAAAUCUUUCUUUAGUAUACCUCUCAAGUCAAUGUAUUUUUACGCCAACCAAUUGUAAAUAAUUCUUUUUAGUUUAUAU